AAACGCAUAGAACAAAAAAUUCUAUACAGCAGAAGCUCUACACAUCAUAUUGUGAAAGCUGAUCAAAAGUGCAGGGAGAUUCUCUCUGUGAAUCUACUGUAUCGACAUUUUUUUAAAGGAAUGUUUGCCACGCCCCCCGACCCUUCAUCCAUGCAUGUGAUGAAUGCUGAGCGGAGAGAGUCUGUUCCACUUGCACGGAGAGUUGUUUUUGAGACCGAGCGGACUAAACUCACUGGAAUAUGGGCGGAAAACCUCACUACGGCUGCUGUCUUUUCCUCUUCCUGUGCGUGGACACGACGGCCUUCAAGAUCCAGAACAAGCUGCUGUCCAAAUGUCUACAGGUCCAAGACAGUGGCUCAGGAGGCCGAGUGUCGCUGGGAGACUGCGAUGCCCUUUCUCUCUCCCAGGAGUGGGACUGGCAUGGUGGGAACCGCGCCGUCAGGAAUGACCUCACCGGUGAAUGCCUGACUGCAUCCGGGGAAGAGUUUGAAGGUGUCCACUUACAGCCUUGCGUCUCCUGGGACGAGACUGAGUCAGACAGUGAGGAGAUGGAGAGAAGCAGCCAGAGGUGGUCCUGUUCUAAGAAAGGUCAUCUGACUCUCAGCAAGAAGGGCCUGCACCUCAGUGCUGCUCCAGCAUCCACACUGGUCUUCGUAUCCAGGGAGCAUAAGCAGGGCAGCAGGUGGCGCACUCUGGACAGCCAAAACCUUUGCAGCGGGAAAGAAGAUAAACACACCCAGCAAGAUCAACCACAGAGCCAUGGUGGAAAAUCACUGGAGCCAGAAACCAUCACUGACUUGAACAGAGGAGCUCAGCGAAUGUUUUCAGUUGAAACUUCACAGAGCGACCCGGCUGCGGAGGUGAACGCCACUUCUAAUGCGCCGCUUCCAUCGAGCGCCAAGUCUCCAGCAGACCCCACCAUGGUGUUUUUCAGCAUGGACUAUGGAAUGAGCUGGAAGAUCACCAUGCUGGUGUUGAGUUCUCUGGCUCUGGUUCUCGGAACUGUGAUUCUUAUUCUGAAUGUUUAUUCAAACAGACGAAAGAAGGUGGUGUGUGUAUUGAAGUCGUACAGUCCGAGGCCGGAGAUGUGUGUUCCAGGCUCCCCGGCGGCCAGUGAGCGAGCCAGACUUACAGAACACGCCAUGCGACCCCCAAACUCCACCCCGGUCAUGCAGCGAGGAGAGAUCCUGAUCGAGUGGAAGGAUGGCACGGUGACGCCGCUGUACGAGGCCUGAAGGCUCCAGCCAACACGCUCAUCAUGAGAAACUCUGACUGAAUCUGCUUGAUGUAUUUUUGGGAUAUUUUCAAAAAUACUAGGAAUUUAAGGGAUCGGUCGCAGCUGGUAGAUCCAACUCUGAGCUCGUAGUUGGAUGAAGAAUGCUGACUCUGCUAGACUAAAUAGAGAUUUUAAAAAAUGUCUGCCACAGAUGAAUUUAGCUUUUAACCCCAUGUCAGCUGGAGAUGGCUGUUGGAACUACUGAAGCACUGAAGUAUCACAACCUUAUGGUUCUUAUUUCUAACCUGGGAAACAUUUGUCUUUUUGGGUGGGAUAGAAAAGUACUUAAACGUAUGAGGAUUGUAGCAUUAAUGUACCAUGAAUGAAUGUGAUUUCAUGCUGUAGAACACCGCCCUGCUCUUUAAACCAUGACUGACAAAAUAACGCAUUCAUGCACACUGUUUUACCCUCUGUAUGAGCGUAGUCAUGAACUGUUUUUUUUUUAGGUUAUACGAAAGUGCUGUUCUACUGAGCUAAUACAGCAUGUAAAAACCCAUUUUCUAAAUAAAAAAGA